GUUCGAUUUUUCUUUACUUUAAAUUUUCCUCUUUUGGCAGUUCGUCUCGUUCGUGAGCUAAAAUUUAUCUAUUUUAAAUUAAAUUAUUUAUUCCAAGAAUGGCCACCAACACCGGAGUGAGAUUCGUACGAGAAUUCCUCCGUGACAGCCCGUCUCGAGCGGCUUACGCGGUGGUUCAACGCAGCUUCCAGCAAAAACCCCGGCGGAUCCCGUCAAACAAGUUCCGCCCGCAAACGGCUCCCAUUUGUCCGUCCAACCUUUCCCGGGCCGUCACCGCGCACAAACUUCUCGAUGAUGGAUCAUCCGGACCACGCCGUCGGCCAACGACCAGCGGGCGGCCGCUGAAGCCAACGCGAGUCCCCUCAAAACCCCACCACCGCCCUGAGGAUGCCCGCCGCAAGGCACCCUCCGUGCCCGCCAGCUCGACAACCAGCUUGCGCAAACGGCCCCAGCAACGGCAAGUCAACAACAAGCCCCACCAGAAAAGCGGCAAGCCCCCAGUAAAACCCUGCAAGAUAUGUCACGAAGCCCAUCCCGCCCCGUCCAACCGAUGGCCAAAUCUGCUGGCGAACGUUCCCCAGCCCAAAAACGAGUUCCACGCCCUCAUCAGCAAAAUAGAAACCAUCCGAGCGGAACUGCGCGCCCAGUCCGGUGGCCACCUCCGAGACUCGCUGCAGCUAAUCAACGAAAUAAGGCAGCGUAUGGAUUUGCCCGCAAGCUUCCUGGACCGUCUGGAACCGGGCCAAACGCAACGGCUGCCGUCCCGAACGGAGCUCCGCAAUCGGAAGUCCAGCAAAUCGUUGCACUUUGAGGGAGGGCGGAUCGCGGGGAAGGAUUACGCGACCGCGUUAAGGAAGGACACGAAAAAGGCGGUUGGCAGUGUGACCAAGUUUAAGCUUAGUUGUGUGGGAAAACCGAGCCGGAAACAGAUUGACGAUGGUCCUCUGAGGAAACUGAUGGUGCCAUUGCUAGGGCGCAAAGAAUUUUUGGAGAGGCGGGUUGUUUUUUAA